AUGAAAGAGGAGACCCUGGAGCAUGGAUCCGGAGCAUUCUUGAGCCACCCCCUCCCAGUCCGCCACGCCCUGUGGCAGCCCCUGCUGUCUGCUGUCUCCAUCCUCCAGUGGGCUCUCCUCCCAGGGCAGGGCCUGCCCAUCACCAAGAGGGCUCCAGGCCUGCUGGCAGGUCAGCCCCACAAUCCCCAGCAGUUCUUUGGGGUGACAGGGCACCUGAGCAGGAGGCCAGCGGCAGAGCCCUGGGGUGGCUCUCCCCUUCCAGGCCCGCCACCCACCAUGGACUCUGCGUACGAGAUGGGCCACGUCCGCAAGCUGCAGGCUCGGCACAUGCAAAUGCAGGAGAAGACUUUCACCAAGUGGAUCAACAAUAUCUUCCGGCACGGCCGGGUGGGCAUCAAGAUCCAGAACCUUUACACAGAGCUGGCCGAUGGCACACACCUACUGCGGCUGCUGGAGCUCAUCUCGGGGGAGGCCCUACCACCCCCCAACCGGGGCCGCAUGCGUGUACACUUCCUGGAGAACAGCAGCAGAGCUCUGGCUUUCCUCAGGGCCAAGGUGCCAAUACCCCUCAUUGGGCCAGAGAACAUCGUGGAUGGAGACCAGACACUCAUCCUGGGACUCAUCUGGGUCAUCAUUCUGCGUUUCCAGAUUUCCCACAUCUCCCUGGACGGGGAGGAGUUUGGGGUCAGUGCAGCCCUGCUGUCUGCCAAGGAAGCUCUACUGGUCUGGUGCCAGCGGAAGACGGCCGCCUAUGCCAACGUCAACAUCACUGACUUCUCCCGCAGCUGGAGUGACGGGCUUGGCUUCAGUGCCCUCAUCCAUGCCCACAGGCCAGACCUACUUGAUUAUGGCUCCCUGCGUCCCGACCGCCCACUGCACAACCUCCGCUGUGCCUUUCACGUGGCUGAGCAGGAGCUGGGCAUUGCUCAGCUGCUGGACCCCGAGGACGUGGCAGUCCUCCAGCCCGAUGAGCGCUCCAUCAUGACUUACGUCUCCCUCUGCUACCACCACUUCUCCCGCCUGCACCAGGGGCAGACUGUCCAGAGGAGGCUUGCGAAGAUCCUGCUUCAGCUCCAGGAGACAGAGGCGCUGCAGACCCAGUACGAGCAGCUGGUGGCCGACCUGCUGGGCUGGAUCGCAGAGAAGCGGGUGCAGUUAGAUGCGCGGGAUUUCCCAGACUCCCUGCCAGCCAUGCGCCAGCUACUGGUGGCCUUUGCCUCCUUCCGCAUCCAGGAGAAGCCACCUCGGCUGCAGCAGCGAGGGGCCACAGAGGCCCUGCUCUUCCGGCUGCAGACGGCACUCCGAGCCCAGAACCGCAGACCCUUCCUGCCUCACGAGGGCCUGGGCCCCUCAGAGCUGUCCCAGCGCUGGGCAGACCUGGAGCGGGCAGAGGCCUCAAGGAGCCAGGCCCUGCAGCAGAGGCUGCUGCAACUAGAGCGGUUGGAAACCCUGGCCCGGCGCUUCCAGCGUAAGGCGGCCCUCCGGGAGAGCUUUCUGACAGACGUGGAGCGAGUGCUAGACCGGGCUGCAGCCUCACCAGCCAGCCCAGCCACAGUGGAAGCAGCUACCCAGAGGCUGGGCAUGUUGGAGGCCAGCAUCUUACCCCAGGAGGGGCGCUUCCAGACCCUGGCUGAGAUCGCAGACAUCCUCCAGCAGGAGCACUACCACGGCUGGGUGGACGUGGCCUGCAGGCAGGAGGAGAUCACUUGCCGCUGGGAGCAGCUCCUUCAGCGUCUCCAAGGGCAGAGGGAGCAGAUAGCAGACCUGCAGGCUGUGCUGAGCCUGCUGCAGGAGGUGGAGACUGCCUCCCACCAGCUCAACGAGCUGCAGGUGCUGGCCAGUUCCACAGCCUGUGGACAGCAACUGGCAGAGGUAGUGGAGCUGCUGCAGAAGCACGACCUGCUGGAGGCCCAGAUUACAGCCCAUGGAGCCCAUGUGAGCCAUCUUGCCCACCAGGCGACACAGCUGGACUCUUCACCAAGCACUAGUGUGGAAGUGCUGCAGGCCAAGGCCAAGGCGCUGAUCCAGCUCCACCAGAGCCUGGUGUCUCUUGCCAGGUCCCGGCGGGCCUUGUUGGAGCAGACCCUGCACCAGGCAGAGCUCCUGCACAGCUGUGAGGAGGAGGAAGCCUGGUUGAGGGAGCGCAGGCAGCUGGUGGAGAAUGAACCCCCAGGCCAGGAUCUCAGCCAGAUCUCUGCGGCCCUGCAGAAACACAAGGUCCUAGAAGCUGAGCUCCGCCACCACCAGGCAGUGUGCACUGAUCUCGUGCGGAGGGGACGCGAUCUGGGCCCAGUGCACGGGCCCCCGACAUGGCCUGAUCCCCAGGAACGGGCUGAGGCAGUGCGGGAUGCAUGGCAGUGGCUCUGGGCCCACAUGACGGGGCGGGGUGCGCAGCUGCAGGCGGCUCUGUUUGUCCAGCAGUACUUUGCUGAUGUGGCGGAGGCGGCCUCAUGGCUCAGGGAGCAGCGGUCGGCGCUGGAGAGCGCGUCCUUGGGGGAGGACCAGGUGGCGGCCGAGGCCUUGCUGCUGCGCCAUCUGCGGCUGGAACAUGCCAUACGCGCCUUUGGAGCUGAGCUGCAGCAACUGGACGAACAGGCGCGGGCAGCCGCGGCCCGGGCAUCUCUCUUGAAGGAGCCCACAGAAGACUGGAGCAGAAUUGAUGGGGAUGUGACUGGGAGACCCCAGGAUGGGACCCAAAGUUUAGCACUGUCGGGCAGCCAGCACCCGUGUCCUCAGGUCCAGAUGAGCUUCAUCUACAGAGGGACACACUUCGCCCCACUCCCGGGAGAGGCUGGGCAGUGCCUACUCUACACGCACCCUAACACCUGGGAGCUGAAGGACUGGGAGGGCCGCCGGGCCAUGGUGCCCAUUAGCCAUGUCAUGGAACAGGCACCUCAGGUGGCGUCUGCCCUGAGGGAAGGUCCAAGAAACCCAAGGGCCUGGCAUGAGGUUUCCUGCUACUCUGACCCCCACAGUACCCAGAAGAUAGCACUCCCAGAUGAGCCUGACCCUGACUUUGACCCCAACACCAUUCUGCAGACCCAGGACCGCUUGAGCCAGGACUAUGAGGCCCUGCGGGCCCUGGCAGAGCACCACAGGACCCGGUUGGAGGAGGCGGUGGCCCUGUUCAACUUCUAUGGCUUGUGUAGGGAGCUGCAGUCCUGGCUGGCAGACCAGACAGCGCUGUUCCGAACACUGCAGCCCCAGGCUGACAACUUGGAGGUCAUGCAGCUCAAGUAUAAGAACUUCCUCACUGCCCUGGCUGUGGGAAGAGGCCUCUGGGCGGAGGUUAGCAGCUCCGCCGAGCAGCUGAAGCAGAGAUGUCCGGGAGUCUCCCCCAAGAUCCAGCAAAAGCAGGAGGAACUGAGCCGGAAGUGGGAGCAGCUGGAGGCCCUGAAGAAAGAGAAGGAAACGCGGCUGGCGAGCACCACGCACAUGUGCAGUUUCCUGCAGGAGUGUGGGUCCGCACGGGUCCAGAUGCAGGACAUGGUACUCCAGCUAGAAGCCCUGGAGCUGGGACACUUAGAGGACAGCCACUACAUCCUGCAAGUGGCCCAGCAGAAGAUGCCAGCGCUGGAGAGAAGCGUUCACUAUCUUCAAAGGGCAGCCAGCAAAGUGGAAGAGCUGGGUCCCGCAGAGAGCCAGUUCCUUCAGGGAGAGGUGGCUAUGCUGCAGGGGCUGCUGGAGCGAGUGCAGCAGCAAGUGGCCCAACAGGCCCAGGCUCAGGCCAAGGUGAGGACCCGCCAGCACUUCCUGCAGGAGAGCAGGCGGCUGCUGCUGUGGGCGGAUGGUGUCCGGGCUCGGCUGAACAGCAAGGAGGAGGCGGUGAAUGUGGCCUCAGCCCAGCGGCUGCUGGGGGAGCACCAAGACCUGCUGAAGGAGAUCCAGCUACAACAGGAGAGGCUGCAGCAGCUGGCGGCUCAGGGCCUGCCCAUGGCAGCCUUGGACUCCCCGGACUCCAGAGAGGUGGCCAGUGCUCUGAGGCUCCUGGACCAGCAAGGCCAGGAGUUAAAAGCCGCCUGGGAGCAAAGACAGCAGCAGUUGCAGGAGGGGCUGGAGCUGCAGAAGUUUGGUCGAGAAGUGGGUGGUUUCACUGCCAUCUGUGCCAGCCAUGAGUCUUUCCUACAACUGGACAGCCUUGGGGAGGACCUAAGGGAGGCCCAGAGUCUGUUGCAGCAGCACCAGGAGUUUGGGCAGUUCCUGAAUGCUCUUGGCCAUCAGGCAGAGGAUUUACAGGCACGUGGCAAGAAGCUGGCUCAGAGUCAACCCCCCGCUGCACACAAGGUCAGAGAGCUGCUGCAGAGCAUCGAGGCCCAAUGGACCAGAGUCCAGGAGAGGAGUGAGCAGAGGAGGAGGCGGCUGCUGGCCUCCCUCCAGCUCCAGGCAUGGAAGCAGGAUGUAGCAGGGGUGAUGCUGUGGAUGGAGGAGAAGAGGCUGAUGGUGGCAGAUGAGCCAUCCCAAGAGCCAGGCAACAUCCUGAGGGAAUUCAAGCGGCACAAAGCAGCUGAGCGCGAGCUGCUGGCCACACAGGGGCAUGUGGAGGGCCUGCAGCAGGUUGGAAGAGAGCUGCUGAGGAGCAGGCCCCAUGCCCAGGAGGACGUGCAGGCCAGGCUUCGGGGUCUGAGUAGCAAGUGGGAAGGGUUGAACCGCAGGAUGGCAGAGCGUGGGAAGCAGCUCCAGCAGGCUCGGUGGCAGGACCAGCUCCUGGGGCUGCUGCAGGACAUCAAGAGGAAGAUGGAACAGCUAGAGGGGGCCCUGCAGAGUGCAGAAAUGGGGCAGGACCUGGGCUCAAGCCGGGGGCUGCAGAAACAGCACUGCCAGCUGGAGGCCGAGAGCCAGGCACUGGCCAGCAAGUUGGCUGCCCUGGUCUCUCAGGCCCACCAGGUGGUCAGCUCCCAGACCAUCACGGAGCAGAUCCAGAAGCAUCUCCAGAGGUUGGGGUCCCUGCAGGGACGGCUGGCCACCCGGCGACUGCAGCUGCAGGCCUCAGUCGAGCUGUACCAGUUCCACCACCUGAGCAACGUGGAGCUCACGUGGGUGGCAGAACACAUGCCCUCAGCGAGCUCCUGCUCCCCCAAGUCCUUGCAUGGUGCCCACAGCCUUCUCCGCAAGCACAAGGAACUCCAGGCAGAGGUGAAAGCCCACCGGGGACAGAUGCAACGGGUGCUGGGUUCCGGGUGGAAUCUCGCAGCCUCCAGCCACCCUGAGGCCCAGCACAUCACGGAGCAGUGCCAGAAGCUGGAAGGCCACUGGGCAGAGCUGGAGCAGGCGUGUGAGGCACGGACCCAGGACUUGCAGCAGGCUGCCACUCUCCAACAGUAUUUCCUGGAUGCAUCAGUGCUGGAGGACUGGGUGGAGGAGAAGUGGCAGCUCAUGAGCAGUCAGGACUAUGGCAGAGAUGAGGCAGCCACCAUCAGGCUCAUUAAGAAGCACCAGGCCCUUCAACAGGAGCUGGCCUGUUACUGGAGCUCCAUGCAGGAGCUUGACCAGAGGACUCAAACCCUCACUGGCCCUGAGGGCCCUGCACAGCUGGGAAGGGUGCAGGAGAGGCUCCGGGAGCGGCUGCAGGCCCUGCAGGAGUUGGCAGCCACACGCAACCGGGAGCUGGAGGGGACCCUGAAGCUGCAUGAGUUCAUGAGGGAGGCUGAGGCCCUGCAGGGCUGGCUGAGCAGCCAGAAGGAGGAGGCCAGAGGAGGAGAGAGCCUUGGGGAGGACUAUGAGCACAUCCUGUGCGUCCGCACCAAGUUUGCAAGGUUUCAGCACCAAGUGGAGAGGGGUGGCCAACAGGUGGCCACCUGCCAGCAGCUGGCAGAGAGCCUGCUGGAGCAUGGACACGGCGCUGCCCCCAAGGCCCGUCAGAGGCAGCAGGAUCUGCAGGCCGCCUGGUCGGAGCUGUGGGAGCUGACCCAGGCCCGAAGCCGCCUGCUCCGAGAUGCCGAGGUCACUCUGAAAGUUCACAGAGAUCUGUCGGAGGCCCUCAUCCAGGUCCAGGAGAAAGCCUCAAGUCUCCCCUGUGACGUGGCCCAGGACCUGCGUGGGCUGGAGGCCCAGCUAAGGAGACAAGAGGGACUGGAACGGGAACUUGUGGGCACUGAGCGGCAGCUGCGGGAGCUGCUGGAGACUGGAGGCACCAUGCAGAAGCUGGGGCCCAGGCCUCAGGCCCUGGCAGUGCAGCAGAGGCAGCAGGCUCUGGAGCAGGCCUGGGAGGCCCUGAAGCUGCACGUGGAGCAGCGCCGGACCCAGCUGGAACAGGCACAGCUCCUGGCCCACUUCCACACAGCGGUGUGGGACUACACCUCCUGGGUGGCCAGUGUGUGGCCAGAACUGCAGGAUGGGGAGAGCUCCCAGGAACCCCACAGCAGUCUGCUAAAGCUCAGCGCCCACCAACAGCUUCAGGCAGAGCUGCAGGCUCGGGAGGAGCUGCACCAGCAUGCCACCCAGCUGGGCCAGCAGGCGCUUCUGGCUUCAGGGAUAUCUGUCAAAGAGGUCCAGGAAGAGCUGCGAGCCCUGCAUGACAGGCGGGAGCAGGUGUUCCAGGCCUGGGAGCAGAAGCAGGAGAGGCUGCUGGCCGUGCACCGGGAGCAGCUCUUCCUCAGAAAGUGUGGCCUCCUGGACAAGAUGCUCACAGCCCGGGAGGUCUUCCUGAAAACCAGCACCCUGGGGAGCUCUGUGGAAGAGGUGGAGCUGUUGAUCCGCAAGCAUGAGACCUUCCAGAAAGUGCUGACUUCCCAGGAUGAGAAGGUGGCAGCCCUAUGUGAGCAGGCGAAGAUGUUCACGGGUCCCAGGGCACAGGGCCUGUUCCACGUGGUGCUGGAGCGCCGGGCGCGGGUAAAGGAGCUGGCGGAGGACUGGGGAUACGCCCUGCACACCUCCCUGCUGAUAACUGCCUUCACCAGGGCUGCCAUCCAGGUCGAGGACUGGAUCCAGGAGCGACUCCAGCAGCUGAAAGAGCCAGUUCCUCCUGGGGACCUGAAAGAUAAGUUGAGGCACCUGCAGAAACACCAGGCCUUUGAGGCGGAGGUCCAGGCCCAUGAGGAGGUCAUAACCUCUGUUGCCAAGGAGGGGGAGGCUCUCCUGGCACAGAGCCACCCUCGGGUGGGAGAGGUCUCCCAGAGGCUGCAGGCACUGCAGGAGCACUGGGAGAAGCUGAGGCAGGCAGUGGCCCUCCGCGGCCAGGACCUGGUGGACAGGCGGAACUUCCUGGAGUUCCUGCAGAGAGUAGACAUUGCAGAGGCCUGGAUCCAGGAGAUGGAGGUGAUGGUGAACAUCAGUGACCUGGGCCACGACCUUGAGCACUGCCUGCAGCUCCGCAGGCAGCUCCGCCAGCUCCCAGGAGUCUGGGCCGGGGACACGGUGGAUGACGCCCACAUCAGGAGCAUCAGUGACUUGCCAGUGAAGCUCAAGAAUCGGGACUCUGAGCAGGUCGAGACCAUCUGCCAGCGGCAACAUCAGCUCAACAACAGGUGGAACCGUUUCCAUGGCAGCUUGCUCCGGUAUCAGCAGCAGCUUGAAGGGGCUCUGGAGAGACACACGUUGUCCCAAAAGCUGGAUGACAUCAUUGAGCGGAUUGGGGAAAAAGCUGCCCUGCUCCAGGCCCUGAACUGCAGGAAAGAUCUGGAGAGCCUGCAGAGGCUGAUGUGGAAACACAAGGCAUUGGAGCAGGAAAUAGGCCUCAUCCAGGCCCAGGUGGAGCUUCUAGAGUGUGAGGUGAGCCGCUUCUGCCAGAGGAGCCCUGAGGCAGCCCCCAGCCUCGCCUGCAAGCAGCAGGAGAUGAUGGAUAGCUGGUGGCAGCUCCGGAGUGGGGCCCAGAAGUGGAAGGAGUCGCUCGAUGCCUUGCACCAAGCUCAGAAGCUGCAGGCUGUGCUGCAGGAAUUGCUGGCCUGGGCCCGGAGCCUGCGAGCUGAGAUGAAUGUGAGGAGCACCCCUGGCAGCCUGGCAGAGGUCCGGCUCAUGCUGGAGGAACACCAGGAGAGCAAGGCCGAGCUGGACUCCCACAAAGACAGCAUCAGCCUGGCCCGAAGCACUGGGCAGCGACUGCUUGCCACUGGGCACCCAUCCACCCCCGACAUCCGCCAGGCCCUGGCUGGUUUAGACCAGGAGUUGAAUAGCCUGGAACAGGCCUGGCAUGAACACCAGCUCCAGCUGCAUCAGGCCUUGGAGCUACAGCUGGUUCUGAGCUCUGUGGAACACAUGGAAAGUUGGCUCUGCGGCCAGGAAGCCUGCCCAGCCAGUGAGGGUCUUGGAGACUCCUUGGCCGAUGUGGAGACCCUGCUGUGGAAGCACAAGGUGCGUGAGCAGGACCUGGAGGCACAGACGGAGAAGAUCAACUCCCUGGAGGCCGCCGCCCGCAGGCUGCACCAGGGUGGACACCCCAAGGCCCAAGGUGCCCUGGACCGGUGCCAGGCCAUGCUCCUGAGGAAAGCGGCGCUCCUGGAGCGAGCCAGGACCCGUCGCCACCAGCUGGAGGAGCUCAGGCAACUGCGGGCUUUCCUACAGGAUUCCUAUGAGGUGGCCUCAUGGCUGAGGGAGAAGAGCCUGAUGGUCCUGGAAGAGGGAUGGCAGGAUCCAGUGGAGCUGCAGGCACAGUUGCGGAAGCAGCAUAACCUCCAGGCUGAGCUGGACACGAGUGUGCACCACCAACAAAGGCUACAGACGGAGGGGCAGAGGCUGCUCCGGGAGGGCCACCCAGCCUCAGAAACAAUCCAGAAGUGGCUGCAGGAGCUGAGUGAGCUCUGGGAGGAGCUGCAGGCCAACUGCCAGAGGAAGGCAGCCAAGCUACAGGAGGCCAGUGAGGCCCUACGUCUUCGGCGGAGCAUGGAGGAACUGGACAGCUGGCUGGGGCCCGUGGAGGUCAGGCUGAGAGCCCCGAUCGGGGGCGCAGACCAGCUCGGGCUGGACGAGCUCCUGGAAUCUCAGGGAGAGCUGGAGGCAGCGGUGGACAGGCAGGCCAGGCGGGCACAGACCCUACUGGGCCAGGCCCAGGCCUCUAUGCGGGAAGGCCCCUGCCUCACCCAAGCCAUGGAAGAGCAGGCCCAGCGGCUGCUUCAAAGGUUCGACAGCCUGUGGGAGCCCCUGCGGGAGCGCAGAAUGGCCCUGGAGGCCCGGAGUCUCCUCCUGCAGUUCCUCAGGGACGCGGACGAGGAGAUGGCCUGGGUGCAGGAGAAGCUGCCCCUGGUGGCCUCCCGGGACUGCAGCCAGAGCCUAAGCGCCUUGUGGCACCUGCAGGAGAAACACCAGAACCUGGAGAGUGAGAUGAGCAUCCACGAGGCUCUGACCCGGGCAGUGGUGGGCACGGGGCGCAAGUUGGUGCAGGCUGGACAUUUUGCUGCUGGGGAUGUGGCUGCCCGGGUGCAGCAGCUGGAGGAUGCUAUGGGCCGCCUGCAAGCAGAGGCUUCACAGAGGCGGCGGUGGCUGCAGCAGGCUCAGGAGGCCCAGCAGUUCCUGACAGAGCUCCUGGAGGCAGAAUCCUGGCUGGAAGAACGGGGCUGUGUUCUGAACACUCAGGAUGUGGGCCAGAGUGCCGAGGCCACGUGGGCCUUCCUGCGGCAGCUGGAGGCCACCAGGAGAGACCUGAAUGGAUUCAGCAUGCGCAUUGAGAGGCUGCAGCAGACAGCAGUCCUCCUUGAGAGCAGGCAGAACCCAGAAAUCCCCAAGGUGCUGGCCCAGAUGCAUGCAGUGAGGAAGACCCACUCUGGGCUGCUCCAGAGAGCAGAGAGCAGGGGGCAAGGCCUGAGGGAGCAGAUGCAACUGCACCAACUGGAGCGGGAAGUCCUGCUCCUAGACGCCUGGCUGGCCAGCAGGGUGGCCACUGCUGAGUCACAGGACUAUGGGCAGGACCUGGAGGCUGUCAAGGUGCUGGAAGAGAAGUUCGAUGCUUUCAGAAAGGAAGUCCACAGCCUGGGGCAGGCCAAGGUGCAGGCCCUGCGGGAGCGGGCAGCCUCCCUGGAACGGGCAGCCCCCAGGUUCUCUCCCCAGAUCCAACCACAGAGGAGUCGCAUUGAGGCCGCUUGGGAGAGGCUGGAUGGGGCAGUGAAAGUCCGCACACAGAACCUGACUAUAGCUCGUGAGGUGCGCAGCUUUGAGCAGGUGGCAGCCGAGCUCCAGGGCUGGAUGCAGGAGAAAGCCGCCCUGCUGGCAAGAGAUGCCUAUGGCUGCAGCCUGUCAUCAGUGAAGACCCUGCAGCAACGGCACAGAUGCCUGGAGAGGGAACUGGCAGCCAUGGAGAAAGAGGUGGCACAUGUGCAGACGGAGGCCUGCCGGCUGGGCCAGUUAUACCCUGUGUCUCAGGAGGGCCUGGCCAAGCAGCUGGCUGAGGUGCAGGAGGCCUGGGCCACCCUGAAUGUGAAGGUGCAGGAGCGGGCUCAGCAGCUGGAACAGGCUGCCCAGGGCCAUGCCUUCCUUGGCCGUUGUCAGAACCUACUAGCAUGGGCUCGGGAGAAGCAGGUGCUGGUCUGCUCAGAGGAGCUGGCUGGGGAUGUGCCUGGGGCUGAGCGGCUCCUGGAGCAGCACGAGGCACUGGGGCAAGAAAUCAAGGAUCACUGCCUUCAAGCCCAGAAUGCACAGCAGGAAGGGCAGCAGCUGGUGAACAACAGCCACUUCAUGUCCCUGGAGGUGACAGAGUGUCUACAGGAGCUGGAAGUGCGGCUGCAGGCACUCAAAGAGGCCUGGGCCCUGCGCCGGGAACACUGUGAGGAGAGCUGGUGUCUGCAGAAGCUGCGGCAGGGGCUGGACCAAGCUGAGGCCUGGCUGGCCUCCCGGGAGGGCCUCCUGCUGGACCCCAACUGUGGGCACUCAGUAUCAGAUGUGGAGCUGCUGCUCCGCAGACACCAGGACUUAGAAAAGCUGCUGGCUGUCCAGGAAGAGAAGUUCACCCAACUGCAGAGGAAGGCAGGGGAUGCAAAGGGUGCACCUACCAUGGGAGGAAUUUUGGAACCUAAGCAGCAGCUCCUGCCUGGGGGGAGGCAGGACACGGCUCCCACAGCCAUCCUUGGCCUCAUGGAAGCGCAGGAUAAAAGACCAAGGGGUCACCAUGAUGGAAAACACACUUUCUCCUUAAGGCGGUCUGGGGUAGAGCCCCUGUUUGCAGCACCACCUGAAGGACAGACUGAAAGCUGGCAUGGCGCCCUGAGCAGUGUGGCAGUUCUGGAAGCUGAGAAGUCCAUGAUCAAGGUGCCGGCAGGCUGGCCAUCUGCUUCCAGUCUGAGCCCAGAGCUCCGAGCCAGACCCCUGGGCUUCCUGGCUGAGUACUCAGUCGAGAGGGUGCCUGGCAUGGCUGCUCCGCUCAGAUUCCACGGCUGUCCCCUGCCCUUCCCACUGAAGGGGAUGCAAACGUGCACCAGCCCCCAGCAGCCUGUGGAGCUCCCGCAGACGGCUGGCCCUGCCAAGGAAACUGCACAAGGCUCCCGGCGGCUGUCCUGCCCAGGCCAGAGCCAUGGUAAAGGUACUGGCUUCCCUGUCCAUGUGCCAUGGAGCCUGCCUGGGGCCCACACACUCUCCCUCCUUGCUGUCCUCCUCCCCUUCUCUCCAAGACGCAGCACUGCUCGCCAGGCCCCCCAGUGCCUGCCCCCACCCCACCCCCCAGGCUUUCCCCAGUCAAGGACCAGGUCCCUGCUCUAAGGGGACAGGGGGUGGGGGGGAGUGUCCUAGAGGGGCUGGGAGUCAGGAUGUCACCCAGACCCCCACUCAGGUUCACACACUGACCCAGCACACAGACUUCACACUCAGCCUCACGGCUGAGAGAUCACUCACAUCCCAACAGAAGGUGGCCACCGCAGCUAAGGUGUCUGGUGUAAUGUCCAUGCCUGCAGGGGCCACAGGUUCCAACUUAGGAUUCAGGUGAUGUGUUCCGGGGUGAGCAGGCCUUGUCCAGGACCCAGUGGCUUCCAAGGUUAUCAGGGCUGUCAUUUGUGUUCUCUGCCUCCAGCCACACACCCAGGGCAGACGAUGCAGUGAGCUGGAUGGUGAGAAUCAGCCAUCUCCCAUCCACCCCACACCUUACGGUCACUCCUGCAGCUGCCUCCCAGGACCUCCAUCCCACAUCCGUCUUAGAAGGAGGGAGGUAUUCUGAGGAAGGUCAGGGGUCUGGGGCACUGGUGCUUAGAGAAGAUUCUGGGGCAGCUAGGCCCUAAAUUCACUCUACCUCCCCAUUCUCCCAACAGGUCUGGGCCCUGAAGCAGACCCUGAAGUGGCAUCGAACCUCAGGGCUACAUGCGAGGACACCCGAGAGGGGACCAUGAGACUG